UGCGUGCGUGUGUGCGUGCGUGUGUGCGUGCGUGUGUGCGUGCGUGUGUGCGUGUGUGUGUGAGAUAGAGAGAUAGGAGGAGGUGGGAAAAGUGAAAGCAAUAGCACAGAAUCCUGCUGAGCUCACACUUGAAAAAGACAUAUUUUAGGUUUUUGGAAGAAGAUCAGCUUCAAAGGAGGAAGAAAUGGGUUGGGGACAAUCAAAACAAUCAAAACCAGAUCCUCCGAAAGUCUUCGAGCAACCUUGGAGAAACCCAGACUGGAACACGAGCAAUCUGAAAUCUGAGUUAAGUGAACUUCUUACAUUUAUGGAAAACCACCAAGACAUCAAGCAGUUCAGAAUACUGCUUCAUGGACCAGUUGGAGCUGGGAAGUCCUGCUUUGUGAACUCGGUGAUGAGCGUAUUCAAGGGAAGAAUUGUAGUCAGGGCAGCUGAGGAGACGUGUGCUGGAAAAAGCUGCACAAAAACAUACAAAACUUACAAAAUCACUGACACCGAUUCCGUCACCUUGCCGUUUGUCCUCAGUGAUGUUAUGGGUCUGGAGGAUACUAAGGAAGAUGGAAUUCAUCCUGAUGAUGUCAUUAAUGUGCUGCAUGGCCGUGUCAAAGAAGGUUAUAAAUUUAAUCCUGUUUCUCCACUGACUGAUGAUGAUCCAAACUACAUACAUGAACCCAGUCUGAAUGACAAAGUUCACUGUUUGGUUAGCGUAGUGUCUGCAAUGACCAUCUCCUUAAUGACGAAUGAGAUGAUUCAGAAGAUGAAAGCUGUCAGACAAUCUGCUCUCGGAUUGGGCAUCCCUCAUGUGGUUCUGAUGACAAAAAUCGAUGCUGAUGUCUGCCCACUGGUUACAAAGGAUCUAGCUGAGGUUUACAAAAGCAGGAAAAUCAAAGAAAAGAUGCAGGAAUGCAGCAACCGAAUUGGUCCACCACUGAAAUGCAUCUUCCCAGUGAGCAACUAUUGUGAGGAGACUGAAAUGGAUGACAAAAAAGAUGUGCUUAUUCUGUCUGCAUUAAAGGGAAUUGCAGGAGUUGUUAAGGAUUACUUUGAAGGCAUAAACAUCUGAGUAUCUGCUAAAAAGUUCAUUUGGAAAACAGAAUUGGGAUGUAGGUCUUUAUCAUCAUCAAAUCUUUAUGGAGCUCAUAUAUUAAUCUUGAUUAACUACUUCAACUAUAACUACAAACACAAAGUCAUAAAGUUGUAAUUUGUGCCUGUGAUUACUGGUGUAGUCUAAUUCAGAGCAUAUUUAAUUGGCUAUUAUUAAAUUUAAGCCUCACAUCUGCUUAUGCUACAGCUCACUGUUAUUUUUAAUGUUAUUCAUACGUUCAAUGUUUGAGAAAUUAUAUCCUCUAUUACAUCCUGCUUGAUAACCACUUUUUGUGCAUAUUUAAAAAACAGCAAUAAUAAUGACUUUAUCGGUUGUUGUGAGACAAUGGCAUGUACAGGAUGGAGUUACAGGAAUCUUCCUACGCCCUGAUACUGGUUCCCUUAAUACUGGUUCUCAGCAAAUAAAUAAUAAUAACUAUAAAGUUACACCACAACCAAUUAUUAACUUAUCCAUCAGUAGACAGACACAUAGAUAAUACAAAGAGAAGGAAAAAUAGGGAAAGAAAAGAGAAACGUAAGGUGAAUAAAGAAAGAAAGAUUGAUGUAAAAAUACAAAAGGUAUAAGAAUUGGUUGAAAGAUUUGAAUAUGAGUGUUUAGAAGAAGACAACGAGGGAUCAGACACUGUACCUAGACAGCUGGAAGAAGAUUCCAAAAGAAAAGAAGAUUAUAAUGCAUUGUGUGUUAUUAUGUUUUAUUUUCAGACGCUCAAGAAAAUUCUGAAAUGCUUUUCUUCUAUUUACAAUCAUGUAUUCUCCUGUAACCAUGUAUUCCCACAAUCCACACACCAGGACUAAUUACUCCACCAGCUGUUUCCUAUUUCUGACACUAUGUUCUAGGUUCGGUUUUGAUCUUGUUUUCAGUAUUAUGGUUUCUGAUUGUUUGCUGCCUGCCCUGACCUGUUUGCCUGUCAUUUCCUGUCUGAUUUUUGCCUGCCCUACGACAUUGUGUUUCCUGUUGCCGACCCUGCUUGUCUGUUACGAGUUUCCAAUAAAUACGCUGCAAAUGGA